GGCUCCUUCAAAGAGAACCCGUCAAACAUUAAUUCGAAAACGGAUGAAGCGCAAGUCACCACACCCACUCAAACACCACCCACUUUACCCGCACCCACGACAACUAUUUCUUCCGCCGCUGCUACAACUACAACAAUUACAACCAACGCAGUCCCCGUACAGUCAAAAGUUGUAGCUAUUCCUUCGAUCCAACAGAGUUCAAGCGGUCAAUCCAACGUUAUCCCAGCGCAACUUUCCGCCAUCACUCAACAAAAGAAUGACCCAGUUUCGAUCCAUCCUGCUCCUUUACCCAUUCAACCAGCACCGCUCACCCCUCAACACGGCCUUCAACAGCAGUCCCCACAAUCUCAACAACAUAACCCCAUGCGAGCUCAUUCGAUGUCGGCGACGACAACUCCUCAAACCACACCAAGUGGAAAACCACCGGUGGGCAGCGAAGAAUGGCAUCGACAGCGUCGCGAAAAUCAUAAGGAGGUUGAACGUCGUCGUCGUGAUACGAUCAACGCCGGAAUUAAUGAAUUGGCCAAAAUUGUGCCUGGAUGUGAAAAAAACAAAGGAAGCAUUCUCAAUCGAGCGGUUCAAUACAUUCAACAACUCAAGGAGAAUGAAGCUGCUAAUAUCGAAAAAUGGACACUGGAGAAGUUGUUGACUGAUCAAACUAUUCAAGAUUUACAAACGCAGAUGGACAUGCUCAGAAACGAGAAUAAUCGACUUAGAGUGGAAUUAGAGGAAUUACAAGGUCCUACGAAGAAGAAGCAACGAACUGAUUAA